CAGAGAAACCUGACCAAAGUGAAUCAACAAUUCAAGUGACUAAACUAGUUAUAAAUCAAGAAGAAUUAUUCACUCGACUGGGACUUUUAGAAAGCAGCAUAUCUUGUCUAGAAAGUUCAAUACAAAAAACUAAAGAAGACACGUCAGAAAUAAAACAAUGGAGAGACAACUUUGUAACAGAACAGAGCGACAUGCGGGUAAACAUUGAGCAACUGACUAAAAAACAAAAGCAGAAUUUUAAAAACCUCAGAAAACAAAUGAGUGAACAAGAUACCAAUGUAAAGGAGCUAAACAAAGAAAUUGAAAGUUUAAAAGAAAAAAGAUCCAAGUCAAACAAAACACUAGAGAAACUGUCUCUAGAUAUAAAGGAAUAUGAAAACAACUUACUGACAAUAAGUAAAGAGAUGCAAGAUCACGCAGAUACAACUGAUAGAAUAACACAAGAAAUCAAAAGGCAUUCAGAUCAGAUGUCUAACCUACAAGAAGAGAGUUAUAAAAUCCAGCUUAAUAUAUCAACUCAAUUAGAAAAGCACAGUUUGAUGUACAAACUCCUACAACAAAGGUUGAUGCCCAUUGACAAACUGAUUCAAAUCUUUAACCAGAACUUAGAAACUAGGGAAAAAAGAAUAACAAAGCUGGAAAAUAUUGAAGAUACUAUUUCAAAAUUGUCCAAAGAUUUGAAUCUAAUAGGAACAUUUGUAUCACCACAUGAUGGUUUACAUCUUGUCUGUGUCACUGUACAUGAACGGGAAGAUAAACAGAUUAGAGUUGUUGUGAAGGCUGGAGACGAGUGGUGUACGGCUAUAAAAGUGAAAUGUGCCAGAACUAGCGCUGCUGGUGUACCCGGCUUACAUAAGAAGAGGCGAUCCCCGUUGAGGGCAUAA